GUCGCUGCAGCGCUGUGGCUGCGGAGCCCGAGUUGUCCCAAAGCGGAAGUGCUUCUCGGGGCCAGUUCUUGUAACGGUCUCCUCUGCAGCGAGCAGAAAAUCUGUUGUCGAGAGAGAGGUUGAGGGGGCGAGUGGUAGGAGUGAUGGGCUGAGUGAUGGGGAGUUCUGGGGGAACAAUGCAGCCGGUUUGUAGGGGUCAUGGACGUGGGAGGUUGUGGGAUUAGUGAUGGUGGACCGAGAGGUCAGCGAAUGAGGAUCUGUGGGUUCCGUGGCAGACAAAGUUAGGGGGCUAGUCAGGGUUGAAUGGUGCUUAUUAAACGUUGACUUUUACACAUUUUCCAGCACAGUGACCUGCGCUAAGAGUUCAUUCGCACCCCUCAAGCUCCUCCUUAGGCGUCCCCGCCUCUCCCUCUGUCCCUUUCCCUUUGCCCAAGCCCCGAGGUAGGGGCCUGGUGUGAAUGCUCCAGCUGAAGUGAAUCUGCACCCGAAGGCUUCCUUCUGGCUCCUGGGCAAGACGGCCCCAGUGAGCUCAAUCCUCACACAUCUCUGACUUUUCCCAAGAAGAGCAGGAAAUGGCCGAACUCCAAGGACUCAUGACAUUUGAGGAUGUGGCUGUGGAUUUCACCCAGGAGGAGUGGCAGUACCUAAACCCUCUGCAGAGGACCCUGUACAGAGAUGUGAUGCUGGAGACCUACAGCAACCUGGUCUCUGUGGGGCAGCAUGUUACCAAACCAACUCUCAUCCUCAAAUUGGAGGUAGAAGAGCCGUGCCCGGCAGAAGGGAAAAUCCCAGUUUGGAACUUUCCAGAAGAAGCCUGCCAGGUUGAUGAACAGAUUGAGAGACAGCACGAGGACGACCAAGAUAAAUAUCUGAUACAAAUUGGAUUCCCUGACAAGAAAACAGUCAUCACUAAGAGUGGCCAUGACUAUAAUGAAUUUGGAAGCAUACUUCAUCUGAGUACAAACUUUGUUGCCUCAAUACAAAUACCCUAUAAACACGAGUCGUUUGGACAUAAUAUGGUAGGUAACUUAGACUUAUUUAAUAGAAGUUCUGUAGGAAAGAAACAUGAUAAUGGAUGUGCAAAAUUAUUCUUCCAUACGGAGUAUGAGAAAACAACUCCUGGAGUGAAAGCCUAUGGAUAUAAAGAUUAUGGGAAGACCCUCAGGCAAAAGAAAGGUCUUAGUCUACACCAGAGAAUUAAAAAUGGAGAGAAACCCUUUGAAUGUACUGCCUGUAGGAAAACCUUCAGUAAGAAGUCACACCUCAUUGUACAUUGGAGAACUCAUACAGGAGAGAAACCCUUUGGAUGUACGGAAUGUGGAAAAGCCUUUAGCCAAAAAUCUCAGCUCAUUAUACACCUGAGAACUCAUACAGGAGAGCGACCAUUUGAGUGUCCAGAAUGUGGAAAAGCCUUCAGAGAAAAGUCCACUGUCAUUAUACAUUACAGGACUCAUACAGGAGAGAAACCUUAUGAAUGUAAUGAGUGUGGAAAAGCUUUCACUCAGAAGUCAAACCUCAUUGUCCAUCAGAAAACCCACACAGGAGAGAAAACUUACGAAUGCACCAAGUGUGGGGAAUCUUUCAUACAGAAGCUUGAUCUAAUUAUACAUCAUAGUACUCAUACAGGAAAGAAGCCUCACGAAUGUAAUGAGUGUAAGAAAACUUUCAGUGAUAAGUCAACUCUUAUCAUACAUCAAAGAACUCACACGGGAGAGAAACCUCACAAAUGUACUGAAUGUGGGAAGUCUUUCAAUGAGAAGUCAACUCUCAUUGUGCAUCAGCGAACUCAUACAGGAGAGAAACCUUAUGAAUGCGAUGUGUGCGGGAAAACCUUCACCCAAAAGUCAAACCUUGGUGUACACCAGAGAACUCAUUCAGGUGAGAAACCCUUUGAAUGUAAUGAAUGUGAGAAAGCAUUCUCUCAGAAAUCCUAUCUCAUGCUACACCAGAGAGGUCAUACAGGAGAGAAGCCCUAUGAAUGCAAUGAAUGUGAAAAAGCAUUUUCCCAGAAAUCAUAUCUCAUCAUACAUCAAAGGACGCAUACAGAAGAAAAACCCUAUAAAUGUAACGAAUGCGGCAAAGCCUUCAGGGAAAAGUCGAAGCUCAUUAUACAUCAGAGAAUUCAUACAGGAGAGAAACCCUAUGAAUGUCCUGUAUGUUGGAAAGCUUUCAGCCAGAAGUCACAGCUCAUAAUACACCAGCGAACACACACAGGAGAGAAACCCUAUGCAUGCACUGAGUGUGGCAAGGCCUUCAGGGAAAAAUCAACAUUCACUGUACACCAGAGAACUCACACUGGAGAGAAACCCUAUAAGUGUACAGAAUGUGGGAAAGCCUUUACCCAAAAAUCAAAUCUUAUUGUACAUCAGAGAACACACACAGGAAAGAAAGCUCAUGGGAAAGGCCAUACCCGGAAGUCCAAGCUCAUUGCACAUUAGAGAGUAAGUCCGUGGUGCAGUUAUGUUCACUGAAGGCAAGUUUCGUCAAUAAAACAUUUAAAAAGUACGUUCUGACUUCUGGCUUAAAGAGGGGGGUCAGCCUUUUUUCAUCUCAGGCUUCACCCAAAAGCUACAAGGAGAAAAGGGGCAGAAUUGUAAAUCUCUGUAUCUGAAACCCUGAUGAGAGGGCUACUAGAGGCUGAAGAAAUCAAGCCACCAGUGCAAGGAGAUUUCAAAGGAAAGAGAGUGGUCAAGGCUGCAGACGUGAGACUGGAAAGGACGCUUCGCCAAGUUUUAGGCUGUGUCUUGAGUGCAAGACUAUAAAGAUACAUAACAAUUGUAACAAAGGCCAUGGACAGGUGGGAUGUUUCCUAGACUCAUUUGGAGUCUCAUGAGAGACAGGCAGGGGCCUCGACGAGGCAUUGCUCAGACAAGCCGUGUUUGCAGAAAGUAUUCUGUACUCAUGAGAGGAGCAGUUGGCAGGGCCCUGGGGAAAGAGAAGGGAGUGUUCUUAGGAGGAACCCAGCAGCCGCCCCUAUUGACUGACUCCGCAGAAGUCAAGUCAGAAAGAACUACCAAAUGGAAAACAAAUCCAACUGUUAAGAAAACCCCUCUAAUCUGCCUAGAAUGUGGCCCCGAUUCUUCCCCUGCAUGAACUUCCAGCAAACAGCAAGUCCAGGAAAAACUCUUAUUCAAUGAGGGAUCAUUCCAAAGUAGUCAAAACCACAAAUGAACAUGGCUUCUGAGCCAGCGAUUUCACUUCUAGGAAUGUAUAUACUCAUGCAUGUACAAAAUGACAAACACAUGGAAGUAUUUGAUAACGCACUGUUUGUAAAAACAAAAGAUUGGAAACUUUCCACGUGGCUCCUAAAGUCCUGGAAUGUUCAUAAGCAACCUUUUAGGUAGACAAAAAGGACUAAAUCUAUAAAGAGAAUUUGGACACCAUUUGUGUAGUGAUGUGGGAGGAUCUCCAACAUUAUUCUUAGGUGAGAAGAGCAAGUGCAAGAUAGUAAGGCUUAUAGGCAACCAUUUGUAUUUAAAAAGGAGAACAGAUGGUAAGUACAUAAUUGAGUGUAUGUGCAUAAAUUAUCUCUGGAAAGUUACAUGAGAAGCUGGGAACCCUGAUUACCUCUGGGAAGUGGAAGCGGGUGGC